AGACGGUCCCAAGAUUGCCCAAGCCAAGAGUUCCGUAGCCAUUUUGUCUCAAGUCUGGCUCUCCUGCGCAAGAGAUAGUGCCGGCUAGAACUUCGUUUGCAACCGCGGCAGGAGCGCACGCAAUGGCUUGUGUCGUCGAUGGGGCACCUGUCGUCUAUUGCUUGCUGAAGCAUGCUUGCCGCCGCUUGCUGCCGCUGUACUUUGACCAGGUUCACGCAGUCGACGCCGAGAAUUUGCCAGAGCCAGGCGUGCCGACGAUCCUCGCGUUCAGCCACAGCAACGACCUCGCCGACAUGCUGCUGCUCCUCUCGGCCACGGAGAAGCGGUACAUAAGAUUCGGAGCGGCUUCGUUCCUCUUCAGGAUGACAGGAGUGAUGUCCGUCGUGAGUUUCAUCGCGAACCGUAUCGGGGCCGUCCCCGUGGUCCGCCUGCAGGAGACCGAGGGCGGCGGCACACAGCAGGCGGAGGCGAACAGGGCUCUCCUCGAGCGGAUGAUGGACGCUCUGAGCCGUGGCCAGUGUGUCGCCCUGGCGCCUGAGGGCGGCAGUAGAUGCCGAGUCAAGUUGAAUCCUUUCAAGCCUGGCGCCGGUGUCUUCGCCGAACGUGUAGUGAUGCAGGAGCUUGCCGAGGGCCGGCCGGAUUUCUCUGUGCGGAUCGUGCCUGCUGGUGUGGUGUACACGCAUUGGACGCUUUGGCGCUCCGCUGCCAUGGUGCGCUAUGGCAAGCCUGUCAUCGUGGACGCGGCGCGUCUCGACAGGUUUGGAAUCACUCCGGACAUCUACAGCGAUACGAGGAAUCAGAGGCACCGCGACCUUGUUGACGAUGUCAUGAACGAGUUGAGGGGCAAGCUGGCCUCGGUUGCCUACGACAUACCUGCGCAUGCAGUCAAUGAGGGCGGCAGGGCGAGGAUCGCGGACCCCGACAAAUCGAAAAUUCUCGAGGGAGAUUUCCCAGCUCUUCGCAAGGGUGUCGUCGCCGCUCGCAUGGCGCUGUUCGACUCGAACAUCAGUAGAUUGCCACGGAUCGACAUUUGGCAGGACGCGGUCGUCACCCUUGCCAAGGCGCUGCAGGCCAACAGAGAUCUCGGCAACGAUGUCUGCAAGUACCAUGAGUCGCUCGUGCGCGUGGGAUUGCGAGACGCGCAAGUUCGGGGCCGCAGCCGAGCAGGAUGCUGUCACAUCCUCUGUGCGGCAAUCUGGGCGCUGGUGUCGGUGUUGCCACUGCUCCUCGCAGCUCCUGGCGCCAUCCUCUUCUCGCCCAUGCUCCUCCUCACUUGGCGAAAGCACCGGGCCACGAUCGCGAGGAGCAAGGCCAUGCAGCAGUUCUCUGACGCCAACAACGCCACAAGCGAAGACGUCCGGAAGGCGUUGAAGGAGCAGCUUGGACGGGAGCCGGAUGUUCAGGACAUGCCCAGGGACGAGGACAUCGUCCGCCGGCGCCGGAAUUUUGACUUGAUCACGGGCCGCGGGAAGGGCAUCCUCGCUGUGCUUUACUUUGUGUUUCUCGAGUGCUUGUUCCUGGUGCUGGGCCUCUUCCGCGUGGGCAAGGUUGCGGAGCUCGUGCACGUGAGGAAGCCGAUGGCCUGCGUUGGCGUCUUUCUGCUACUGCCGAGCUUUGUGUACCUCUUCUUCGUCCUUUCGCUUCGUGCCCUGGACGAGGCAUGUGCCCUGCUACGCACGGCCUCCGGGCACUGGGCUCUUGCGCGGGUGGCGAACCAGAAGCUGGCGGAGUUGCGUGGAGAGCGUGAGCGACUGCGCAGGGAAGUUUUGGAUCUUCAGGGCAUUGACGAGGUCGUGGCUAGGGCCCAGGAGACGCCGGCAGGUUGGUCCAAUCUACUCUUCGGACGGAGCCGAAGCGACUGGAUGGAGGCCCUGAGCUUGUCGGAGGAUCUGGAACUCAGCCUGAGCGGAUUCUACGAGGACCCGCCCUGCGGCGUGAAUGCCCGAGAGCGAGAGCCGCACGAGGGUUAUGACCAACUCGCCGAAUAGCGGGAUGGCUGUUCUCUUUUGAAUCAACAAUAAUGGCUGCACUGUCAAAGCGCGAGUUUCGACACAUGCAGUUGCUCUUACCUCGCGUCGCUUUGUGGUUCGGGCUUUAGUCGUGAUGCAGAGCACCAUGGAUUGUUUUAAUGAAAAUCUGGCUGUACCGCCUCUUCCUCGUCUGGAUAGCUUCACGCAGUGCCCUGCCGCGAACAACACAUAUUCUAGUAUUUUGCGGUGGGCCGCGACUUUGAUGUGGAAAGGCGUCUCGUGGGGGUUUUGAAACAAUCGUUGCCUGGACGAGGGUCUGGAAGGCCUUCGAGCUUGAGGCUCGCAGGCAUCUUGCUUCCCCAGCGUCUGGUCGCAGCUGGCGGGAGGAGGAGUCCUAGGAUAAAACAUAAAAGAUAGAGGGAGGGGGGCGAGGGCGAAGGGAGGAGAUGCCCGGGCGUUCUAGUAUUUUGCGGUGGGCCGCAACCUUGAUUUCACUCGGCGAGGCUGGUUGAGUUGACUCCCUAAUAAUGCAGUCCAGGGGGCCAGUUCCCGUCACAGCGAGCACUCGCCGCACUCGUUGCGCUACUUCUCUUUAUCGCCGUCGCCGGUUGCCACCGCUAGCCCAUGCCUAGCCCCUGCUCCCUUCUGAUCUCCCUCACAUCUCCGUUUUCCCCCUGAUGAGAGAAACGUUUCUCCGCCAGGGUGGUUCCAUCAGCUCCGUUUCAAGCGCGCAGGUGGCAGUUUAGGCUAGUCGGUGACGCGUAUUGUAUUGCACCCGGGGUUGACAUGUGCAGAAGAAAA